AUGAUGAAGCAUGGACAAGCGCGAGCACUCCUCGACAUCAAUCCGCCCGAAAUGCCCGACUUCCAGCAAGCACCUCCCAGUCAAUGUCAUUUCCAUGCUGCGUCGGUUCCGGCGGCAGUCUCACUGCAUGGUCCUGAUGAGCCAUCUAUUCUUCGGCAUUGGAGCCCAGAAUGGCUUCCACGACUGUUCGAAGAUGCAAGCCAUCUGAAAAUCCAGAAAGAUGUAUGCCAACGCCCCGCCACAAUGGCAGAAGAAACCAUAGCAUUCCGAGACCGAGUCGAUCAAUCCUUUGGUUGGAAAAGCAAAGUUCUGGACGAUCAGCAGAAGUCUUAUAGAGCAGCAGCUCAGGCCACGCUGCUGCCACUUGCAUGCAUGCGGAUUCUAUCGGGUGGUGUGGCUGCUGCUGCAUCGCGACUGCGCGCUUUGGAUGCUGUGUGCUGGUGCCAAUACUGCAUGUUGUUGGACACAAGCCCGGACGAUGGCAAGUCGGAGCUACUCCACUGCAAACUCUUCGCCUUGGUUGCUGGGGAUCUCUACCGCAGUCAUGGGGGCCAACUCUUCGAAUACAACAAUGGCGCAUGGGCGCCGGCCUCUCGUGGCCUGACAUCUGUGAACCUUGAAUUCGUCCUCCAGGCCCUUCGUAGAGCUCAGGCGUAUUAUUCCAUAAUGGCCCAGAUGAAGCCGAAGAGAUGUUAUGAUGACAUUGUCUUCGAGAUCAAAGCCAUCCAGCAAGUGGGUAUGGAGGAGGUUCUCUUGCAAUGGCAACUUCAGGAUAUCAUUCAGAGGAAACCUGAAGUCAGAGCACGUGAGUGGCUCUGUGGCCUGUCUGAGCUUUGUCGGACCAUCGUGAAAUGCUUCCAACGUUGGGGCGAUGAAGAAAUACGGGUCAAACAGCAACCAGGGCUCUGCUUCCAGGAUGCAUUCAUCUCGACUGUGGAUGGCAACCCGAAACAAAUGCAGAAAGAUGCCCGUCAUGGUUGUUACAUAGCCAUCCCUACUCCCAUCGCCUUUGUGCCCAGCAUGACCACCAGACAGCGAUACGCCAGCAUCCUCUUGUCUUCUUUUGCAGGCUCAGAUGGAUUGCAAGUGCUGCUCAACCAAUGUGCUCUGGUUGUGGCCCGUGUCCGGCAGCCUGACAUCUUGCACAUUGUUGUUGGAUGUGGACAUGACGGCAAAACUUUGAUUUUUGUCGAUCACUUGCAAGCUGUCUUUGGCAGUGCCUUCAGUUGCGCUCCGUGCGGCAUGCUGCAAUCGGAGCGAGAAUUCCAAGUCCAAGGUGCCAAUUUCAUACAUGCAGCCUUCCUCACCUUUGAUGAAUGCAAAAGAGAUUCAGGAAUCAUGGAGGAUAUCGUCAAAGUGUUCGUCGGAGGUGGCUGGCUACCUCUCCGCAGAAACCACGAAGCAGAUUGGGCAUGCACUGGCAAAGUCUGGGCAAUGAAUUCCGGUGACAUCCCUCGUGUUCCAACGGCGGAAGAGGUUUCCCAUCAAAGGCGGUUCCGCUGCACCUACAUGCGGUCCACAUUCACAGCCUUGGAGGAGGAAGUUGACAUCCCCAACAAAGUCUUCCAUGCCGACCCAGGGGCCAAGUCCUUUAUGUCUUCUGGCGAAGCAGUGUGGUGCUUCUUCCAAGAUUUCCUUUUCCCUCAUCUUCGGGCAAACGGUGUGCAAACAUGCAGUGACAACCUGGAGUACAUGAGGAAAGGCACGAGCAUGCACAAAGAUACCCACUGGUUGCUGAGGAAGAUGAACCGCACCACUGACUGCAUCCAUCCAGACACAGCCCAAGGCCUUGAAGCCCAGAAUGAAAGACCUGGUGAAGCUCCUGCGGCGACUUUGCCUGAGCGCAUUGUCCGGGAGACUCACGCCUCCAUCCACGCCCAAUUCUUCUCCGCAGCAGACAUCAACCGGAUUGUUGUGCCUUCCAAUCCGGGCUCUGCUCCUCCAAGACGGCCUGGGAAGAAACUACGGGUGGAAUAUUUGAAGGAUUCUUUGCAGCAGUUUCCUCACUUGAUCCGCUUGGUCGACGGUCUCCAACGUGCAGGAGCCCCCUUGGACCGCUUUGAGCGCUGGUGCCUCGAUGCUGGCAGUUGGCACCAGUGCCUCCAAACAUGCCUAGAAAGCCAGAACAUCCCGGAAGUGGUUGGAACGUGGAAUGAUUGGCUCUGGCCCAGCGCUGCGGAAGCUUCAGCCUACAACACCGAUGAGACACCAGGGUUUCCCCGAGGAGACGCUUGGGAAGUUUCCUGCCGGAUGGAUGUUGCUGGCUUGAAAGAGUUUGCGGAGAUGGUCCCUGGUGAUAAAGGAGAACACGCACGCCUACUUGCAGAGCUUUGUGAAAGAGAAGGCACAAUCGAGGGUGACGUGACCAUCCUUUCCACAUUGGGGCACCAGAAGAAAGUCGCUGGCGCAUCCUUGGGGCGUGUUUUCUUCCCCUGGAUCAGCUUUCCAAAUUUGUCUCGUUCCGCCCGAGACUUUGGAAGCCCGCCUGGAACCAAGGAGUUUGAUAUGCCCAAUGCAGUGGUUCACUUUGCAUUGGUCUGGGCAAAGGAAUAUGGGCUCGACCUGCCUUGCUUCCAACGCUACCAUGCAAACAAAGGGACAUGGCGGAAGAUCGUCAUGCAGUGGUUUGCCCUUGCCGAGCAGGAUGCAAAGAAGGCCCUGUUGCAGGCUUGCUUUGGUUUUGCUUUCCCAUCGCGUGCGAGUGGCAAACCUGUGAUUUGCCCAUUGCUUGAAGGCUUAGCAGCAGAUGCCAUGAGGCUGAGGGCCACCAUGUGCGAAAGGCACCCUAGCUUGCUAGCAGCCAUGCGGGCAGCUGGCCGACCGAGACCAGAGACUUCCACCAUGGCUUUCCUGCUCUUUGACAAGGAAAACCAGACCAUGCAAGCAUUCUGCAAAUUACUGCCAAAGUAUGGGUUUGCUUUGGUUGCACCUGUCUUUGAUGCAGUGCUGGCCGUGCCACAGAGCAGAACAGAGGAAGAUGGCACUGAGAGGGCGCCAAAUCAAGAUGCUUUGCUCGAUGCAGGUCAAAAGAUUUGGCCGCACCAGGCCACAGGCGACUGUGCCGAACAUAUUGCGCGAACUCUUGUCCAACAACAUGGCCAUCCGUAUGGACCCGGUCCAGCGCCUACCUGGGCGCUUCUCAUGCAUUGGCACUGCUCUCCUGAACCUGUUUCCAGACGAAGCCAAUGGUAUCAAAGAAGCAACCUCCAAUUUGAGCAGCCCGAUCUCCUACCACCACACCAUGGAGAUUUGCCCCAAUGUUCUCAUUGA